AUGCUCGGCCUCCUCAGCGUUUCUGCCUCGCAAGGCGACGAAGGAAACCAUCCUUUACCGCUGAGGCUGAGUCUUCGUCGCACCAAACCUAAUCUGACUCGAGCGACAACCACCAAGACCGCAUCCAUCAAAAUCCACACCUCGCCCAUCGAGGAGGUUCAACCAUCUGUCAUGCCGCCGAACAACACCACUAUCGACUACGAAGAGCUCCAUGGCAUCGACCGGUUCAUCGAUGAACUUCAACGGGGCAACCCGUACGCCUGGUUCCUCGCAAUCGUGUUCAUCGGGCCGUUCUACUUUUGUGUGUUGGCCUUUCUGCUCGCAUACACCAUUAUUAGGUGGCGCAAGGCCCGCGAAAGGAAGCAGACACGGAAGCACGGCGGCAACGACUACUCAGCUCUGUCAGACGGCUAG